AGAUGGUCGAGGUUACUGCUGCUACUGCUUCCUUCACCUCCACUCCUUCAGUUUCUCUGCCAUGGAGAACUCUGAGGAGAACAACAUCACUACCAAGAACAAUAAUACCAUGGAAAGCCACCGCUGCUUCUUCUUCUUCUUCUUCUUCCCAGAAACAAACUGGUAGUGGGUUUUUAUUGCCCCAAGGCUUCAAUAAGAACACCAACUGCUGUGGCAACAACGACGACAUGAGAAAGAGCAAGAGCAAACGACGGAUAUUCUUUUUGGACGUGAAUCCUCUCUGCUAUACAGGAAGUAAGCCCAGCUUACGCUCUUUCGCUCAUUGGAUCUCUCUCCUCUUCUCCGAAGUCAGCCACCGAGACCCAGUUAUAGCUGUUCUUGAUGGGGAAAGAGGGAAUGAGUAUAGGAGAAAGUUAUUACCUUCAUAUAAAGCACAUAGGAGGAAAUUCUCCAGACAGUUAUCCACAACACAACGUUUUUCAAGGUUUCAUAUUGGAAGUUCACAUCAUGUUAUCAUAGACGUCCUUGAGAAGUGCAAUGUCCCGGUCUUAAAAAUUGAAGACCAUGAAGCAGAUGAUGUAGUAGCUGCUUUAGUAGAACAGGUUUUGCAAAGAGGAUUCCGAGUUGUUAUUGGAUCUCCUGAUAAAGAUUUCAAGCAGUUGAUAUCUGAGGAUGUGCAAAUUGUGAUACCCAUGCCAGAAUUUGGUAGAUGGUCCUUCUACACAUUAAAGCAUUACAUAGCUCAAUAUAAUUGUGAUCCAAGCUGUGAUUUGAGUCUUCGAUGCAUUAUUGGUGAUGAAGUAGAUGGUGUUCCUGGAAUUCAACAUGUAGCUCCUGGUUUUGGUCGAAAGACGGCCCUGAAGCUCUUAAAGAAGCAUGGUUCAUUAGAAAAUUUACUAAAUGCAGCUGCAGUUAGAACUGUGGGAAAACAAUAUGCACAAGAUGCUCUUACUAAGAAUGCUGAUUACCUGCGAAGAAAUUAUCAAAUUCUUAGCUUUAGGAGGGAUGUUGAUGUUCAUCUUGAGGAGGAAUGGUUAUCUGAGAGAGAUACUUGUAAUGACAUGGAUGUUUUAUCUAGCUUUGUCAAAUCAUUGGGAGAUGAGAAACUUCAUCACCAAAAUGCUGCAGCUGCUGGGUGUUAGGCUCUACUACCUCGGACUUGUUUAAGAGGAUGGCUGAACGUGCAAGAAAUGUGAGGUGGUGAGUCAAAUUGCGAGGGUCCAAGCUCUUCCAAGUGAAGUUGGAGAAGACACUAUCCAUAGUAGUUCGUUCCCAUGAAUGUUUUGCUUGAAUCAAAAUGGACGGUAACUUUAGAUGAAUUUGGAGCUGGUUAUGUUGUAUUGAUCAUGGACAUCAACAAAGAGUUUCUUGCAACCUUUCUGUAGCAGACAGCCUUGGAUCACCAUUUUUUGCUGAACCUUACGUACUUCAGUGGCGCUUAUAUGAUCUUCGCCUGAUUUGAGUCAAAUUCGCAUUGAAACUUUGAAACUGACUGUAGCGGCUUCUGAAUUACUUUUGUGGAUAGGAAUUGCAAAUCAUAUAGAAACAUUUACUUAAUGAAAACAUUCAGUCUGAAUUGUCAGGAUGUGAAAGGGUUCAAUGGCAUUUUGUAAAACAGGAUU